CUGGAAACACAAAAUGAAAGAUUGCGAGCUCAGAAUUUGAGAUGUACCGCACAACUGGAAGUGUUAAAAAAUUGCGCUGACCGAACGAAGCACUGGCGUAAUUCUGCAUUGUUCUCACAAUCGGUUAUUGUAAGUUUAAAACAUUUAUUUUGUAGGGUCUUUAAAACACGGGGAACUUUACAGUCGAUGAUGUUGGAUAGGACUUCAGAUGACAGUGGUCUUACAUCUGACGACACUUGGGAAAGAAAAACCGACUUGAUGACUCAGUCGGCCUCGGUAGUUUACAAAGACGACUCGUUGAAACAUCUGAAAAAACCAGUUCGAUUACGGAGUUCUUCGCGGAGCCAUCAAGGAGCUGAGGAGGAAACGUCGUCAACCACAGACUCAUCGCCAUGGGAAGAAAAGCUGAAGCCGGUGCCGACACCAAGAAAGACCAAGCAACUGGACGGUGCUCUUGAACCUGCCUUGAUUGAAAGGGACAGCUUGAAUUCCUAUGAAGACGAUAACGAUUAUCGAGAUGAAGAUGACGAGAUUUUUGACGAAAUUGAUUUUUCGCAUUCGCCACGGUUUCUUUCUUGCUUCUAA